CGUAGCGUCUGGACCGGCCUUUAGCAUGAGGGAGCCGUUGCUGAGUGGUGAGUGGGGGAUAGAAUAAGGUAACCUAACUUUUUGACGUUUAGAUCUUGAAGUAAACAAAAAUAUUUUUUGAUAAAACCUUGGGCCCUAAAGAUAGAAGAUAUGACCACUAAGAAAAAGAGUGGUAGUUCAACUGAAUCGAGUUCUGCCUCUACCUCGGAGUCAUCAAGCUCAAGCUCUUCUUCCAGUGGUUCAGACAGUUCUUCAUCCAGCGAUAGCGAAUCUUCUUCAUCCCAAGACUCCACCAAGCAGCAGUCAGAGCAAGAGACCUCAAAGAAAACAGCUAACUUACCUAAAACUACCAGGAAGAGUACUGAGACUAAGGCUGCACCUGCGGCCAAGCUUGAGGCUAAGGUUACUACCAAAGGCUAAAGCACAGCCUGUGAAAGCUGUUGCAAAAACCGCUGCUAAACCUACUAGUUACUCCACAGAUGAGGAAGAUAUCCCAAAGAAUGCGACUAUCACACCCAAGGCUGCAGCUGUCCCUGUGCCCAAAGCAUCAGCUACAGCUACAAGAAAAUCUCCUGCAAGAGCUGCAAGUACUCCUAAAAAUGCCACUAAACCAGCCAAGGAAGCUGCUAAGGCCAAGCCAGCCAAAGGUGGCACUAAAGCAAAUGAUGCUAAUAAGAAGAAAAGCAUAUUUUCUCCAGAAAACAGUUCAGACUCUGAAGGAAAAAGUGGUAAAACACAAAAAGCUACUGGCAAGACCAAGCCAGAACCUAGAGCUAAAGCUGUACCUAGGGCUGUCGAAAAGCCUAAGUAGAAUCAUCAGCUAGUUCUGCAACAUCCACGAGUGGCUCUAGCAGCAGUUCUGACAGUGAGAGUAGUGCAGAGUCGUCAGCGAACAAUUCCAGAAAAGUGGUAAAAAAGCCUGUCAAGAAACCAACUGUUGUACCCAAAGAAAAUGCUGUCAAUACUGACUCAGAAAAUGAAGGGCCUGAAAAGAAACAAGUAACAAGGAAAUUGACAAGGUCGGCCAGUACAAGGAAAUCAAAGCAUGUUCUUGGAAAAAACGUUUUCUCUGACACAGAUUCUGACACUGAGAGCACAAAAAGGUCUUUAUCUCGAUCGCCAGUCAAAAGGGCGCCCGUUGUUACCAAGGGAAAACAAAGAACAACAAGAGGAAUGACGUCAAAAAUAAGGGCAAAGAGACUAUAGUGAUAGAAGAACGUAAAUGUCCAAUGGAGGGCUGUAAUAGUAUGGGACACUUGAGUGGGAAAUUUGAAAAGCAUUUUACCUUAGAAGCGUGUCCCAUGUAUCACAAUACGACUCCUGAAAGGUGUAAAAUAGAGCUGGAGGAGCGAAAGAAACGAGAGGAAGCCAGAAAAAAAUCUCUUGACUACCACAAACGUUCACCGCGAGCUCCAACCUCAGAACAAAGAGCUUUUCUCCAGAAGAUCAGAGACUUGAGGGCAAAAUGGAAAGCGGAAAACAGUGAGGAUAUCAAACCGUGCAUUGACAAGAACAGGGAGCCAGAUUUGACCAAUUUCGUGCCAGAUUAUGAUCUGAAACUGUUUCAAGAUGCUAGGGCAAUGGCAAGUGAGAAAAUCGAGGAGGAUUUGAAGAUGCUGCCCAGCACCAAAGGUACCAAAUACAUCGAAAUGGGAAAAUUCGACAUGGAGGUUUGGUAUCAGAGUCCCUAUCCUGAGGAUUAUGCACGGCUUCCAAAGUUGUAUAUUUGCGAAUUCUGCCUUAGGUAUAUGAAGUCAAAAACGAUUAUGGAAAGGCACGUUGUCAAAUGUGUUUGGAGACAUCCACCUGGCGAGGAAGUGUACAGAAAAGACAAGAUCUCUGUUUGGGAGGUGGAUGGCAAGAGGUACAAACAGUACUGCCAAAAUCUCUGCUUAUUGGCAAAGUUCUUCCUGGACCACAAAACUUUGUAUUACGACGUGGAGCCGUUCCUGUUCUACGUGAUGACAAUGGUUGAUGGUGAAGGAUGUCAUACUGUGGGGUACUUCAGCAAAGCUAUUCCUUAGAAUUGCGAUAGAAUCGCGACUGUAAAAAAUGAUUGAUCUGAAAACUAGAAUUAUGGAGCUUCAAAUUGAUUGUUUAAAAAACCUCAGGCAUAGUGUAUUUUAUAUUAAAAACGUUGGCGUAUAGUAUACACAUCACUACUUGAAUGUGAGACCUUGCCGGUUGACCGAAGUCACUGUUUGGAGAACGUUGAACCUUUAGUUGCCGAAAUUCGUGAGAGUGAGACGGAGAGAAUUAGCGAGGCCAAUUAGACGACAACGUACGGGGGCCCCUUUUGGGCAGAUACCACUGCAACCGAUGAUAAGGUCGACGGUUUGUGUGCUUAAGGAAUACAUACACAUACAAACAAUUCAC